CGAGUGCAGCCCUCUGCGGUCGUCUGCUUUCAUUCCCCCCGGGGUGUCACCACCAAAGCGCCGCGGUCGCUAUCUAUAGCCCAACUCUAUUUUCAGACCGUGCAGAGUCGACCCAAUGGAACUCUUCAAACGUUUGUUUACCAGUCACGUGUCGUGGAGAGAUGGAUACAUUUCAACCGGAGUGACACGGUUUCCGUUGUGAGAAACAAAGACCCGUUUCAGCGAGAUUAUGGACAUGCCCGAGGGUUUGGCAUCAUCCAGUCGAGAGAAGAAUGCGACCUUUGAUCUGACGGGUCGAGUGAGGGUGAAGGUGGAAGACAGCUGGUUCGUUUUGGAGAGGGCCUUCCUAGCGAGGCACAGCAACUACUUCCGGGCGCUCUUUCAGUCGGGCAUGCUGGAAAGUAAACAAGAGGAGCUCCACCUUAAAGGAGGGCUGCACGCAAGAGGCUUCGUCAUCGCUCUUGCCGUCUGCAAAGGGGAGAUUCCCACCCUGGCCGAUCCGGACGAGCUGGUUGACGCCGUGGAGUGCGCCGCCUUCCUGCAGGUGCCAACUUUAACUGGGCACCUUUGCGAUAUCGUGGAUUCGGAUACCUGCCUCCUGCUCUACCAGGCCGCCCACAUCUAUGGUCUGGAGAAACUCUUUCAUAGCGCCGCUCUUUUCCUCUGCGAUGCAUUCGAAGACCUGAGGGAAACGGCGGUGGCGACGCUCCCUGAAGAUCUGCUGCGGUAUUCUCAGUCCUUAUCCCCCGUGUCUUACGUCGCAAUCGGUACCCAUACCCCUUCCACGGAACUGCUCCACGACACCUUCCGAGUCGUGUGCUACCUCGACGAGAAAGAAGAAGAGUGGAAGCAUCUUACGCAUCUCCCGACCAUCUGCAGUACGUCCUUAUGUGGCGUGGCCGUGCUGGACAACCGCCUGUACAUCGUCGGGGGAGUUUACGGUUAUAACAAAGAAACCGUCGACGCCGCCUUCUGCUUUGACCCCGAGUCAGGGCUUUGGACCUCUCUUCCAGGACCUCAGAAACCCAGACAUGACUUCACCUUGCUGGGGCACGAGGGACGACUCUAUGCCGUCGGAGGAGAGUACCAGAAAAAGAACAUCGCCACAGCAGAACGUUAUGACCCCCAAAAAGCGGAGUGGACGUUCAUACGACAAGCUCCGAAGCCGGUAGCGUCGGCCGCCUGCGCCGUGGCCAGGCGUCGGAUGUUUGUUUGCUUCUGGAAGCCUCCCGAUACCACGGAUAUUUACGAGUACGCGGCGCUGGAUGACGAGUGGAAGCUCACCACCACCUUGAUCAGACCUCAGAGUUACGGCCACUGCAUGGUGGCCCACAGGGACAACUUGUACGUGAUGCGCAACGGGCCCUGCGACGACUUUCUCCGCUGUCUCAUGGACUGCUACAACCUCACCACAGCCCAGUGGACAGCCAUGCCGGGACACUACAUCAACAGCAAGGGGGCGCUGUUCACCGCCGCCGUAAAAGGGGACUCGGCCCUCACGGUGAAACGGAUGCUAACGCUGGAGUACGCCAUCGACGCGCAGGGAUGGAAGCCUCGAAGGCAGAUGAAGGGUUUUCCAAAAGGCGGAUCGUUACGAACGUGUUUACUUAGGCUUCCCAAGACAGGACCGGACUUCCCCCAGGUGAAUGCACAAGGGAAGCAAAAGGAAAUGCCUUUGAAAGACGGAACGGAACCACCGGUAGAUGAUAUGCUGGAGGUCUAACUUUUCUUGGAACUGGGAUACACGAAGACUGUUGUGACUGAGACUCCAAUUCCAGUACCGUUUCAGUCCCAAAACUAUUUGACAUGGUGUAGUCACUUACUGUUCUGGGCGGUGGCAGAUUCGGAAGGCUCUUCUGUGGAACGGGCGCAUGUUUGGAUGCUUUUCCAUUGACCGGGAGGUUUGCUGCAUCUUCUGCAAUGCAAAAUUUGAAAGUAAACAAACAGCCAAUGGAUCCAUAACUGCUCUUUUCACCGUCGUGGGAUGUCCAGACGUUCCACACCAGAGGGUGGAUACCCGGACUCAAAUCCGAUGAGACCUGAUCUGAUCGAGGCGGUUUCGGAUGACUUUUGGCCAGAUUUUGCUGACCUAGAUUUCUUUCGAAUCAACCAAGCGAUGCCUCGUAAGGGUCGCUCUUACUGUAUUCUGUCAAAUGUGCAAACUAAGACCAUGAGACAGUAUGCACUCCUUCUCGAGUUGCUGCUCCGUUGAGGUUGUCCAACUGGGUCAGACGUUACAGCGGACAUGAGUUAUUGCACCUCGUGCUCGCCGGGACGCAAUUCAGGGGAAAAGCGGAGAGGCGAGCUGGAGUCACAGACCACCCCAAUACCCCCCAACCCAACCCCACCGCCAUUUCCUGUCUGUUUCUUCAUAGCGCCUCGCCAUCUGUAGCUGCCUUGUUUUGUUUGGACGACAAGAAAGAAUUCCGUUUGAGACUCUUUUUCUCCUCCUGUGUUGUUCUUGAGUUUUGUUUCGAAGACGAGUUGAUUGCGAUUUCAUCGUCGAAGGGUGUUUUUUGUUGUCCUGAAGGAAAAUGACACCUGAUUAAAUUCCAAAUGUUUACCUUU